AUGCUCAGUUCACGCUGCCUGGGCCACGGCAACGCAGCGCACCAGCCGCGCUUGCCCCCAGCUUGCAGCGCGCCGAAUUCCGCGAUGGCCAAAGAAGCCGAAUUCGGCCACAUAGAGGGGGAGGCCGAGGGCGAGGCGCAGCUGGAGGAGGGUGGCCGAGAGGAAGACCACGAGGGGGAGCAGCUGCAGCAGCAGCGUGCCGCUGUGAGCAGGAGCCGCCGGACCAAAAAAGCAUGGCCGGCCUCGGUGCUGCACCUCCCGGUCCGCACGGAGGGCACGGUACUGAUCGUCUUGAGCGCCCUCGAUCUAGCGGGCGCGAGGAGGCAAGUGCCCCGUUGUUGGCCCGGCCUGCGAGCCAUGAGCAACAUCUCGGCCGCGAUCGCCGACGACUACAACAAGUACAAGUUUGGCGGAGGCCGCGCCGGCAAGUACAAUCCGCAGGUGCUGACAGGCAAGCAGCAGGUCGACAGCAUAGACUUGGCCCCCAAGCAGCGGCUGGAGCUCCAGGCGUACAAAGACGCGGAGAGGGCCCUCAAGCGCCAGCUGCGGGACGCCGAGGGCGGCCGGGCCGGCGGCUUCAACGACCGCCAGGUGGUGGAGAAGAGGCCGGAGGCGCAGUCCUUCUCUCAGGGCCAACGCCAGGGGCAGCUGGGCUCAGGCUGGGACGCAUCGGCCCCCAAUCGCCCAUGGAUCGCCCACGGGGGCCCCGACAGCCCACUCCGCCCAGGAGCGCGCGGAUCUGCGAUCGGGGGCCCAUCGCCGCUCCAUCGGCGACGUAUCGCCGAUCCCAGCUCGGUGGCUUCCCCCACGAGCUGGUCCUCCCCAAACGCUCCCCCCCACCACCGCUGGCCUCCACUUCGACCAUCUCGAGGCAGCGACGCGCGGGGCGUCGAGUCGUGGACGCCUUGGCAAAUCUGGUGGUGA